ACUGGGUGGCGGGAGUCAUGGCGGGUGUCGCUCCGACAUGAAGGCGCCGCAGCAGAAGUUUGGAGCUUCUCACCGCCCUCUCUGUACCCGUUUCCAUUUGUUUAGGUAUUUUUUUGAGGGGGAGUUCGCCCUCUUUUCCCCCUCCUUUUCCGCUGAUGGAGAAAGAAGGACAACCACAACAACAGUCGCCGCAGCGCCGAGUUUAACACCAACGUGUCAAUGGUUUAGAGCAAAAAGGCCAAAAAAAAGGCGAUUAGCAGCGCCGGCCUGGCGGUGCCAUGUCUCACUACACGGACGAGCCGCGGUUCACCAUCGAGCAGAUUGACUUGCUUCAGCGGCUACGCCGGACAAGGAUGAGCAAGCGUGAUAUGCUGCACGCGCUGGACACGCUCGAGAGGCUGGAGCAGGAGCACUCCGAAAAGUUUGGGCGUCGGCAAAGCUACAGCAACAUUCCCACAGCCGUAUCCUCCACAGUGAGCACCUCCACACAGACCCCGUACAGCGGGACUUCCCCCUCCCCCAGCAACAGUCAUGACACAUCCCCACCCCCCCCACUGCUCUACCCCAACAACCUGAAUGGCCGGGAUAGUGUGGGUGGGGAGCGUCUGGCCAUCACCAAUGGCACACUGUCACCAAACCGUCCCCACAGUAACUGUGUCCCCAGAGUCUUCAGUUACCUGACACCUGAGGACGAGGCUGACAUUGAGGACAGGAUGGAGGAUCUGAUGAGGAGGGACAACGUUGCAGUAAAGGAAGAGAUCAAGGCUUUUCUCUCUAAUCGGAUGAUUUCCCAGAACAUCGUGGGACAAGUCACAGGUAUGAGCCGAAGCUUCAUCUCGCAGUGGCUGUUGCAGCAGGGACUUGAUAUGAGUGAACUUAAGAAGAGAGCCUUGUACAGGUGGUACCUCUUGGAGAAGACCAGCCCAGGAGCCACACUGAGCAUGAGGCUGGCCUCCUCCACCACCGAGGAGCUGGAGUGGAAACAGACGUCAACACCUUUGGGCACCGGCUUUGGCAGCUUUCGCCUGCGGAGGGGCAGCCGUUUCACCUGGCGCAAGGAGUGUCUGACCGUCAUGGAAAGUUAUUUCCAUGAAAAUCAAUAUCCCGAUGAAGCCAAGAGGGAGGAGAUCUCUAACGCCUGCAACGCAGUGGUACAGAAGCCAGGUAAGAAGCUAACGGAGACCGAGCGAGUGACCCCACUGAAGGUGUACAACUGGUUUGCCAACCGCAGGAAGGAGAUCAAGAAGAGAGCAAACAUUGAAGCAGCAAUCCUGGAAACGCAUGGCAUCGAUGUGCAGAGCCCGGGAGCUCAUUCCAACAGCGACGACAUUGAUGGGAGUGAUUUCUUGGAGCAGGACGAUAACACAAGUCCCAGUGACCUCCAGCAGGAUCCCAUCUCACUGGCAGUGGAAAUGGCUGCUGUCAACCACACCAUCUUGGCUCUGGCCAGACAGGGGGGCGGCAGCGGGAUAAAGACUGAGGUGAUUGAGGAUAACUGAGGCGAGGAGGACAGGACCAAGAUGUGGUGCAAUGUGGGACCGACCAAACCUUAAUGUAAAUCCCAAUAUAUCUGUACAUGAUCUUGUUUUCAGCGAGCUUAGCUUCUCCUCAUCCACUCGUGACAGUCAGUGCCUUGGACGGGAGGAUGUGCCUCAUGUCCCCUAGGGCUGGGGUUCUGGCCAAAGAAGCUGCUUGUCUUAUUGUCAAACAUUAGUGGGGACCUGAUGUCUUCAGCCCAACGCCUGAGGCCAGUCUUGAUGCAAUGCUUCCUGAAGCUUUGGCUCUUCAUUCCUCAGUGUUCAAGAUUUCAGCAGACAGCGAUGUCUGUGAAACACUUGAACCUGUUUCCUAACCAUGAAGCUGUACCCAAUACUGGCACAGUGCUAUUACCCGAGUUCACACCCUUCCUCACCCCACACUCCAGUGACGCUCACCAUCAGCAGCCCAGUAACGUUGGCUUGUGCUCCCUCAGUCUGGGCUCAAGGACUUUCGAACGAAGAAAUGAGAAUGAUCUGGGUGGGGUGAGGAUCACGGAAAGAUGUCCUUCGGAAUGGCUGGGAUUGUGGAGUGGAGAGAUAGCCUGGCUCCUUGGGUGGGGUGGGGGGGAUAAACUAAAUCCAUUUAGUAGCCUACGGCAGCCUCCCAACGGUCUCCAGUCAGCAGGCAUCCAGGACAGCGAACGCACUAACUGUUGUCCUCAGUGAGUUAGGACUGUUCACCAGUUAAGGGAUGAAGUGAGUGACUGUAGUGUGUGUAGAUGAGGUGAGUUAUUUUUAGAGAACUCUCAGCAUCACCACUUUGUUGUAUCCGAUGCCCUCCCAAUCAUUCAGGUAACAUUGCCUGGUAGCCGCAGCUUCAGCAUUCCAGCCGUGAAGUCUGGUAACCGGCAUGGGCCGUGCCUUUACCGGGUGGUGAUGGGGCUCCCUCCCUGGGUGCUGGUGGAGGCAGGUGCCAGGCUGGACACAAUCUUAAUCUUGCCAGCCCAACCCUGACAGCUUUCUGUAGUCCUUGUCCAGCAGCAUU